CCCCAUUUCUCACAUCUUUCCCCUCUGAACUUUCCUUCUAGCUCUCUCUCUCUCUCUCAGUUUUUCAACAUGCCGACACUCUCCAUGUCUGCAAUCUCUCUCUUCUUACUCUGUUUCUUUCUCUACACAACCUGCAUUUCCUCUCGUGUGCUCCCUCAGGUGCAAGAACCAGAGUCAGUAGUUGAAGAAGUGGAGAGGUCUCUCAACCACUCCCGUCGAAACCUUGGGUACCUAUCGUGCAACACCGGCAAUCCCAUUGACGACUGCUGGCGGUGCGACCCCGACUGGGCUACCAACCGCCAACGCCUUGCCGAUUGUGCCAUCGGCUUCGGCAAGAACUCGGUGGGAGGCAAGGGCGGCGAAAUCUACACAGUCACCGACCCCUCCGACGACAAUCCCGUCACCCCAAAGCCCGGAACCCUAAGAUAUGCAGUGAUUCAAGAUGAGCCUCUAUGGAUCAUUUUUGCCAGAGACAUGACCAUCACUCUAAAAGAAGAGCUUAUCAUGAAUUCAUACAAGACCAUAGAUGGAAGAGGAGCCAGUGUUCAUAUAGCCAAUGGCCCAUGUAUUACUGUACAGUAUGUGACCAACAUCAUUAUACAUGGAAUUCAUAUACAUGACUGUAAACAAGGGGGAAAUGCCAUGGUUAGGGACUCGCCUAAUCACUACGGUUGGAGGACUCUAUCGGACGGUGAUGGGGUGUCCAUAUUUGGGGGAAGCCAUAUUUGGGUGGACCAUUGCACUUUGAGCAAUUGCAGGGAUGGUCUGAUUGAUGCUAUACAUGGGUCUACUGCUAUUACUAUUUCGAAUAACUAUAUGACCCACCAUGAUAAGGUUAUGCUGUUGGGGCAUAGUGAUUCUUAUGCGCAGGAUAAGAAUAUGCAGGUCACUAUUGCUUUUAAUCACUUUGGGGAAGGCCUAAUUCAAAGGAUGCCUAGGUGUAGGUUUGGUUAUUUCCAUGUGGUGAACAAUGAUUAUACACAUUGGGAGAUGUAUGCAAUUGGUGGAAGCGCAUCACCAACCAUUAAUAGUCAAGGAAAUAGAUUUCUUGCACCCGAUGAUCGCUUUAACAAAGAGGUGACGAAACAUGAGGAUGCGCCAGAAAGUGAGUGGAAGAAUUGGAAUUGGAGAUCAGAGGGAGAUUUAAUGUUGAAUGGUGCAUUCUUUACACCAUCAGGCGCAGGGGCUUCUUCAAGCUACAACAGGGCCUCAAGCCUAUCAGCAAGGCCCUCUUCUUUAGUGGGGGGCAUCACCGUGUCGGCAGGAGCACUCAAUUGCAAGAAGGGCUCACGUUGCUGAAUCUUUUUUUAGACAGAGAAAGCGUGACUUAAGGAGAGAAAGAGAGGACCACAUUUUUCUAAAAAAAACUAGAAAAAAAAAUAUAGAAGAAAGUAAAAAUAAGAAGUGAAAUAUGAGGAUUAAAAAAAUGCUCUAUGAAUAGCUUUGUAGCAGUAAUGGCGUUAGGGUCCUGUUUUAGUUUCUUUUUUCAAAGUUUUUUUCCCCUAAUUUCCAACCUCGGCGUGUUGCCUUGACACCCAUUCAGUCGUAUCCAGUUUCGAAUUGUGGUGGAAUUGGAGGCAACAAGCGCAGAUGUGUUGCUAAGUUAUCAGCGUUGUUGUUGAUGUUGUUGCUGCUGUUUCUUCUCGGUACUCAUGGGAUGGAUGGAUAGUGCAAUGGUUUCCAAUUGAUGAUAUCUGUUGAUUCAAAUUAUGAUUAUUAUUAAUGAGGAAAACAUGUUUGAUUUUCAA